GCUCACAGAGCGGGAGGGGCAGCGGGAGUUUAAAAGCAACAUGCUCAGGGGGGCACAGAAUCACCACCUACUGCACCAGGCUGUGAGGGAAGAGAUCGUCAGCAUUCACAAGGCAGAAGCCCUUUCAGGACCAUGGACAGUACAACUAUCCUCUUCAAGGUACUCUGCGCCUGUCUGCUCAUUACCUGUCUGUGCCAGGGACAGCCAUCAAGGGAAGUGUCCUCAGAAGAUUUUGAUGUCAAGAAAUCCCCCUCUUCCUCUGAGAAAGAGCUGGUGAGUGACUUGUUUUUUUUUUCCCCCCUUUAAUCUUAAAAUGACAAAAAACUUAAAGGGUUUGUGUACUAAACAAUCCAGUGAGAUAAAUUGAAAACUGAAUUGUAAGAAAAUAGGCUAAAUUAGCUUAAUUGGGGGGAAAAAAUGCUGGAUUGGAGAAUUUUUCUAACUGGACAAUUGUGGCCUAAUUUGUGCAACUCAGUUUUGACUGUUUAUUGAAUAAGCCACUGUGUUUAAUGCCUCCAACCAAGCUCUGGAACAUUAACAGUAUCCUAAGUAAUACAUUUAACAGGUACAAUGACAAAAAAAAAAAAGAGAGAGCAGAGAAGAGAAGGAGAAGGUUAUAAUGUAUAUUUUGUUACUUGGGAGCCUUAUCUAUCUUAAUAUUUAUUUAUUUAUAAAAUAUUUGACCAGGAUGGAUACAUUGAGAUUUCUCUCAUUUUCAAGUAUGUCCUGGGUCUUUGUCCAUAAAACAUUGCAUUGUUACAAUAGGAUACAAUAUUACAACAAUACAAUAUACAAACUAUAUAUAUAUAUAUAUAUAUAUAUAUAUAUAUAUAUAUAAAUGUAAUACAUAACAGGUAAUAAAUAUAAUGUAAGCUCAUGUUUCAGUAUAGUUCAAACACUUCUGAUCCUUAACUAUGAAGUAGAUACUCCUGCAUGUGCUGGUAGGCUAACUAAUAAACCAUUUUAUUUGAGUUUAUAUUUGUGUUUCUUCUUUUUUUCAGGUAGAGGCAAUGGAAGAACUUUUAGGAAAAUUCCAGGACAGAUAUCCCUUAUACCAGAAGAGAGCUCAGAUUCCCCUGGUGAGGGUUUUAUACACAUUCUAAUAUUGUUACACUGGCAGCCAAAUACUGGAUCUCCCUGAGGGGUUUGUUCACUGAACUGUGUGCUGUAGACCAACUGUGUACAUUUUAGGCUAAUAUGUAUUUCUGUAAUAAGAAAACAUUGGCUGCAUCACGGGUUUCUAAUUAAUGGUGUAUAUAUAAAUGUUGAUUUAAAAAACGGUUCUAUAUAUGCACAAUAACUAUUUUCUCAAGAUAUAGCAGCACAAUGGUUGGUUAUCGUUUGCAAGUGAAGUAUUUUAAAUAAUACAAUAUUGUAUAUUUCUGUGUACAAAUAUUUAUGUAUGAAGUAUUUUCCAAAUGGAUUCAGAUUUUUUUUACUUUCAGAUAAUCCCUUUGUAAUCCUACUGUAAGCUAUUUAGUGGUACAGUGCAGAGAUUUUGUAAACACCUUCUUAAUGUACUAUUUUUCAAUUUUAAAAUAUUAAAGGAGAAAAUAGAUUAAUUUUAUACGUUACUGCUAACAUUCACUAUGCUUGAUUGUAAAAGCAAUGAUUUUCUCAUACCCAUUUUUUUAUUUUUGUCUCUAUCUGACAUUCUCAAAAAAAUACAUUUCUAAAAAAAUAUUACAAGUAUUAUUAAGUAAAUGCUGUAGAACUAGUUUGGAUAAUAUGUUCUUUUAGAAAUAAUUAAUAGUCUUAUUUUAUGGUUUUGUGAGUAAAAGAAAUAUAAAAAAUAUGACUACUUUGCUUUUUUAUCAUUUUAACAUAAAGGGUAGCACAAAUUCAUAAUUCAUAAGUGUCCACCAGCUGCAAUGUUUAAGCAAUUGUGUCCUAAAUUGUACAUUUAAGAACAGGUCCCAAAAUUUAGCUCUGGUUAUGAUCCACCUGUAAUUCACUCUCUUUUAUCUGAAGUUAUUGUGAGUGAUUUUAGACUGACCAGAUGCAUUCCUUUGGAAUCUACCAUCACCACAAGCAGAGUUGCUGCUUUCUAAAUGGAUUGUAUUUAAUUGUAAAUUAUUUGCAUUCUAACAAUCUGGAAUGAUUGGAAAGAUUUAGACCGUGUGGGGUAAUUGCUGUGAAUCAAAAAGUGAAUUGUAAGACUAUUUGGAAUAAUUCAUUUUAUUUCGACUUAAAGUCCAAUUACUACAAUUUAGUGAAUAAACCUCUACGGAGUUCACAAAUGCUUUAUCCCCCAAAAGGAAUUCUAGUUAAUUGAAAUCUGGAUAGCAACAUACCAGCAAAAAUUGAUAUUGAAAAACUCUUUUACUCCUCUAAUGGCAAGAUUGUCUCUUUUAGCUUAAUUUUGUUAGUUCAGUUUUCAGUUCACUUCCCUUCAAUGAGAGAAUAGGCAUCCAGUUGUUCAUCAGACACAUAGAAACAUAGAAUAUGACGGCAGAUAAGAACCAUUCGGCCCAUCUAGUCUGCCCAAUUUUCUAAAUACUUUCAUUAGUCCCUAGCCUUAUCUUAUAGUUAGGAUAGCCUUAUGCCUAUCCCACGCAUGCUUAAACUCCUUUACUGUGUUAACCUCUACCACUUCAGCUGGAAGGCUAUUCCAUGCAUCCACUACCCUCUCAGUAAAGUAAUACUUCCUGAUAUUAUUUUUAAACCUUUGUCCCUCUAAUUUAAGACUAUGUCCUCUUGUUGUGGUAGUUUUCUUCUUUUAAAUAUAGUCUCCUCCUUUACUGUGUUGAUUCCCUUUAUAUAUUUAAAUGUUUCUAUCAUAUCCCCCCUGUCUCGUCUUUCCUCCAAGCUAUACAUGUUAAGAUCCUUUAACCUUUCCUGACCCCCCUUGUCCCCCCUCCAGGAUUGCUGUGAUUGUGUUCCCAACCAGGAAAAGCAGUAUCUCAUUGCUCGCUAAUCCAUACACAAAUGAACUACAUUACCAGGCAUCCUCAGAUUAGCCUAUCAAACUUACUCUAUGUAUAUUUCUGUAACCUGAAUUAAAGGUAUUAUGUAUAUUACAUAGGACUCAUAUUAGCGAUGAUAAAACCUGUUUAUAUUGACAGUUAAAUUGCAAGCAAAUAUAUAGACCAGCAGCUACUCCUCAUGUGACUAUCAUAUUGUACAGAUACAAUUCAAAUUCAAAUGCACUUAAAUCGGAUUGUAUUAGAGUAGGCUAGUUAAUGGAGUAAUAGUCGUAAAAAAUCAAAAUGUGCCACAUACAUAAAUAUGAGUAUCACAGAAGUAAGUGGAGAUAUAAAACUUAAAUCUAACAACUUGAAAGUUCCAAAGAGAAAAGUCAUUUUAGAAGUGAAAUAAAACCUGCUAGAGAUAGUGUCUUUUGGAAGCCAGUCUGUUGUCCUCCAAAAGACACGAUCUCAACAGGUUUUACUGUUGUGAUAAUCAUUUAUGUCUUUGUUUUUUACUACUGUCCUUUAUAUUUUUGUUGGAUUGUUGGUGUAUCCAAGUUACAUUCCUGCUGACUUUGAGGUAUCUUCUUGUAUCUCCUAUCUGUUUGUUCAAUUUGUUUAUGGAGUUAAAUUGUUACAGUAGCGACCAAUGGUCCUUAGACUUUUUCAUUAAAUCUUGCUUGUCAAACAUAUUGAGUAAUAUUUCCCUUUAUGUUUCUUCUCAGUGUGACAUUGGUGAAAGAUGUGCCGUGAAGCAAGGACCUCGAAUUGGCAAGCUGUGUGACUGCUCUCGCGGAGCAUCCUGUAACUCCUUCCUUUUGAAGUGUAUUUGAAGAAAAACAUAAUUUUCUGCUUCCAGAGCCCACACACCAUUUAAUAUCUGUCAUUAAGAGAUCUGCAGUCCCAGUGCUUGCCUAUAUGAAAGUCUCCUCUUUACUUUGAAAUAUGCCCACGUCACGUCUGUCCUAGAGAGAUUUGUACACAAACAACUAAGAUAAAGACAUCUCCCUGAUUUAUUUAUUUUUUUGCAUCGUUAUAUUGAUUUUCAAAAAUAAAUGUUUUACUGCAAUUCCUAGUUGGUUGUUAAUGUAUUUUUUACACCUAGACAUUUGUGUUGC